AGGCUGACAGCAGGUGUCACUGAUAAGCUGAUAAGCGGUUCGUGUCGAAACUCUCUCACCCCACCUCGCUGUCCCAAAACCAUGCAUUUUUUGUAUUCGCACCCCAUAAUUGCAUAAUGAUCAACGAGGAACAGCUGCAGCAGCAGCAGCAGCACAGAAGAAAGAAAAAACCAGCGGAUGAGGUGACUCAGAAGAUGCCGAGUGGUGAAAAGGAGCCGAUGGAUCCGUACAAACUAGAAGCUCUCAAAAAAGCACAAAUCGAGCGAAACAACGAAUGGAUCGAAAAAAUGUCGCCAAUCGUGAAAUACAAGAUUCAGGAGUACAUCCGUAAACAGAGAGCAAAGAAAAUGCAACGGAGAAAGUUCUCACUGGCAUGUGGUCUGAAUCAUCGGAAUGGGAAUGGAGAGCCCAGUUCUUCAGUGUCGCUGAGAAGACGUCCGAAAAAGAAGCCGUCCAUGAAAGAGCACAGUUCUUCUGCUCCAGUGCUCUCCAGAAACUUGAGUCAACCAGGGGAAAGUGUUUCAGAAUCUCGAAAAGAAGCCUCAGCUGUCUCAAAUCGAAGAAAAUCGGCACCAAUUCAACAUAUGGACAUGAGAGAUUUGGAUGACUUGGAAUGAAAAAUAACUUCUUUUUUUUUGAUAAAUUGUAAUUACUCUGAAAGAGUCUGAAAAUAUAUUGUACACUAUUAUUUUUUGGAACUUUAAAAAAUGUUCCCAACGUUUCUAACGAUUUUUCAUUAUAUAUCAUGUUUUCUGGAACUCAAUAAAGACUUUUUUUUU